CAGACCAAGAAGCUGAAUCUGGACAAGCUGUCCCUGCCCAAACAGAGCUUGUGGUCAGCCUCUGGGAUCUGGCCCUGCUGAGAUUCACUGAUUCUGACCUGUUUUCAGGCAUCCCAAUGCUGGUGGGUGUUCCAUCUGGGUGGCCAACCCUGCUCGUCCUGCUUUUGGCUGUGGAAAUAUCCUUUGUCAGGUCCAGCAUAUUUAUGGAUGAAGCACGAAGUCAGCUAUUAGUGAAAGAGAAAAGUAUCCGAUUUGGGUCAGAGAUACUGCUGAAUAGUCAGGAGAAGAAGGCCAAUAGGAACCUUAUGGCCAUCAAAAAGAAGGAGAUCACGGAGGCUUUGGAGACACACCAGUUUCCUCCCAGUAUGCACUUCUUCCAGGCCAAGCAACUCAUUGAGGACAGCCGGGUGUUUCAUAUAAUAAAGAAGAUACCCAAAGGGGCUGCCUUACACCUCCAUGAAUUUGGUAUGGCGAGUAUGGAAUGGCUGGUAAAAAAUGUCACCUACAGGCCCCACUGCUAUUUCUGUAUCACCCCAGAGGGAAUUCUGCAGUUCAGAUUUGCUCAGUCAGCUCCCCGCAACCGUAAGGGCAGAGAAUGUUCAAACUGGGUUUUGCUGGAGGAUCAUAGAAAAAAACUAAAGGACACCACUGAGUUUGAUAAAAGCUUACUGAGGGCUUUCACUAUGGUGACCAAGAACCCUGAGAAGAUUUAUCCCAACGAAGAUGCCCUGCGGACAAAGUUUCAAUACAUCUUCCUCUCCAUCUCUGGCCUUGUCCGUCAUGCUCCAGUGUUCAAAGACUAUAUCUUCCAGGGCCUGAAGGAGUUCCACCAGGAUAAUGUGUUCUUCUUGGAGAUCAGAACCAUGUUGUGGCCGGUGUAUGAACUGGAUGGGGAGAUUCACGACAAGUUGUGGGUAGUGAGGGCUUACCAAGAAGUGACUGACAAGUUUAAAAGGACCCAUCCUGAAUUCAUAGGACUCAGACUCAUUUUUUCAGAUUACAGGACCAAAAGCGUGGCUGGCAUUGCACAUUCCAUCCGAACUGCCAUCAAACUUCGAGAAAUAUUCCCUGACAUCAUAGCAGGAUUUGACCUGGUGGGGCGUGAAGACAUCGGCUUCAGUUUGUACUACUACAAAGAGGCUCUGAUGAUUCCAGUCACGUAUGGUGUUAAACUACCUUACUUCUUCCACGCUGGGGAGACAGACUGGUAUGGUACUUCAAUAGACAGAAACCUGGUGGAUGCUGUAAUUCUGAAUGCUACCAGAAUUGGCCAUGGAUUUGCUUUGACCAAACACCCAGUAGUCAAGGCUUACACUCGGAACAAGGACAUUCCCCUAGAAGUGUGUCCCAUCUCCAACCAGGUCAUGAAACUUGUGUCUGAUAUGAGAAACCACCCUGCAGCUGCUCUGAUGGCCUGUGGGCAUCCCAUGGUGAUCAGCUCUGAUGACCCAGCUGUCUUUGGUGCUAAAGGCUUAUCCUAUGAUUUCUAUGAAGCCUUCAUGGGCAUUGGGGGGAAGAGGGCUGACCUGAGGACACUGAAACAACUGGUCACAAACUCUAUCAAGUACAACUCCCUGUCGAAGACAGAGAAGGACCUUUUCAUGAAAGUCUGGAAGCUCAGAUGGAAUCAAUUCAUAGAUUAUUUGGCUAGGAAGUCAAGGUGAAGAGAAGACAGCCAUUUAUUAUCUCUGCAUCCCGCCACUGGCUGUCUUCACCUUUUUUCAAUUAUUCUUGAAUUCACUCCAGGAUAGAUAGCCUCCACCUCCAUUUCUAUAGCAAAACUGAUCUUGUGAAGGUUAUUGCUGGUCUGAUAUCACUUGACCUGUUAGAAACACUUCACCAGAUGACCAGACUCAUCUUCUUUGAAUAUUCUUGUCUCUCAACCACAGUAACAUCAGCUCUCUUGUUUUUCUCCUCUCUUGCUGGCCAUUGCUCCAGGUUUUCCAAAAUCUCUUUAUAUGGUUGGAUUUCAGGACUCAAUCCAGGUCUACUCUUCUAAUCUUAAUCAUGUUUCUUUCAUUCCUUCCUUUCUUUUUUUCCCCUCUCCUCCUUCUGAACUCAUUUCUAGGUAGUCUCAUCUAUUACUUUGAUUUUUAAAUACCAUUUAUUUGCUGAUGACUCCAAAAUUUAUUUAUUCACUUGGAAAGUUCACAAGAAUCUCAGAAACCUACUAUGUGCCAUACUCAACCUUCUGGACUCUGAAUUUUUUUCCACCUUGAUAAAUGGUAUUUCCACCUAUUCUAUCCAGUUGCUCAAAGCAGAAAUUGUCAGGGAAAUUCUCGAUUGAUCCUGCCCACUUCCCCACUUCUUACAUCCAAAUGUAUCUCUAAUCCAUCUGUGUCUUUUCUCCUUUAGCUGAAUCUCAGCCACUGGUAACCUCUUGCCUGAGUUUUGACAAUAGCCUCCCAAUUGAUCCCUCUUUUGUUAUCAGCAGCCUAACCCAGGGAACCCUGCCUGGAUCCUGGCUGGCUGGAUUCUGCCACCUGCCCACACAAUAGGCAAAGGUUGGAAAAAAGAAAAGUAAACUUCAUGUAAUUUGAACAAAUUGGGAAGAAGCAGCUAGAUUGCUUGGUGCCAUUCGGUAACACUGUUCUUCUCUUUGUCCUUUAUGAUUCAUUUUUCACAGUUUAAUUUUUUUACUGUUAAAAAAUUAAAAUAAAUCAGGAUACUUUGUUGUUUACAACCCAGUGCAUUUAGAAUAAAACCCAAAUGUCUCAACAUCCUGUCUAAUCUGGAUCCCUUCCAGCAUCAUCCUACCCAGAAAUCCCUAGUGCACCAGAAUCAGGCCACACUGGUCCUUUGUUCCCCAAGUGUCAAGCUGUACCCCCUGCCAGGGCUUUUUCUUACACUCUCUGCUUGGAACAUGCUCUUUCCAUUCUUGUCUAAUUCACUCCUGUUUACCCUUCAAGUUUCAGGCUCAUGUCACUGUCUCAGGAGGUUUUCUCAAUCCCCUAACCUAUUAUUCUGUCUUAGGUACUUUGCUCUUUUCCGUCACAAUUCUUACCACCAUCUGUAAUUGCAUAUUUAUUUGU